ACCGGAAACGGAAACGGACUGACGUAAGAGGCGACGGCUGUUUUCCAGUCUGAUUGGCUCCUCUGCUAAACUAAAGUGAAGUAAAUAGUUACCCCUCGGUCUGCGCUGGCUAGUUAGCAGGUAUUGUGGAAUGUAGUUAAUAGUCCGCUUGGACGGGGAAAAUAUGAUCGCACCCAGAUAUUUUUUUCUGAAGUAACCAGUUAACGCGAAGAUGGAGGAACAGGAAAGGGACACGCUGGCUGCUUUGCCCGAAUCCCAAGUUUUAUCGGGUCCCAAUGGCAGCGAUGGUGGUGAAGCUAAAGGUGCAGAGGCGGGCUUGAGGCCUGUGGAGAAGCGUGGUCCAUACAUCAUGUCCCGAGCUCCACCCAUUCACCAGAAACUACAAAAGCACAGAGAGAUGGCUCGAAAGGCUUUGAAGAAGAAAGCCCUUACAUUGGGGGGACCAAUAAUGCAACAGCCCAGGCUUGGACCCAAGAGGAACGUGAAGUUUAAUAAAGGCUACACGGCCCUCAGCCAGAACCCCGAGGACGCCCUGGUGUCGCUGGACUCGGACAGUGAUGUUGAGCUGGAAUCGCAGUAUUCCUCUGGGUACUCCUCAUCCGAGGUCCACCCUGAAGUGAGCAGGCAGCUCCUGAAGGACGGCUACCGGUUAGAUGAGAUCCCAGACGACGAGGACCUGGACCUCAUCCCGCCCAAGUCCCUGACCGCCUCCCGAUGCUGCUGCGCAGACGCCGCGUCCUGCAGCGUGCAGUGAGCGUGCAGUGAGCGAGGCUCGGCCACGGCCUCCCCCAGCCUUAUCCCCGGAGCUGCCUUACCGCCCCAUCCACUAGGUGGUGCUGCAAACCUCUUUCUCGAAUAUUCCCAUUCCCUGCUGUCCAUGAGGGAGGCCCUGCUGGCUGUCAGUCUGUGUGUUUCCGAUGGGGGAGUGCAGUGGGGGGGUUGAGGGUGUGAGUUUUCGUAUACUGUGCAUCCCCAACUAAGACACCGACUUGCCUGCCUUUAAUGAGAAGCAUCUCUGCCAUAGCGGCUCUCUGAUUGGAUGAGCACUGAGCUGUCGUUAGCCUACUUCCUUUCUGCACUUCACUCUGUGGGAAACAAAAAAACAUUGGAAGAACUGGUCUUGAACUCGUAUUAUUGUUUUUGAUAUCCCUUCAAAAUACAAACCUUUGUCACCGUUUAGAUCUUAAGAUUGGUUGCUUGUAAGUUAGUAUGGAAUCCAGGAAUAAGGACUUGGAUUCAGUUUCCUGGAUAUUUAAAGGUCACAACAUAAUCCAGAAUGGCAGGGGUCACGGAGGUCAGCUGAUGGGUUAUAGUUUUUUUUUUUUUUUAGAAAGGCGAAUUGAAAGUGAAGGCAGCUUGAGCUUAGAUGGGAUCUGUAGAGAUCAGGCAUCAUGGUCUGUUACCUUGUGAUUUUCCUUUUUCUCUGCAGUGUUUGAAUUGCCAGCAGGGGCUGCCUUGAGUUCAGCUUCCCCUACAUGUCUGUGCACACAAACCUGGAACCGAUUUGGUGUCUAAGUGAGACGCCUUGAAAGAAACACUAACUUUCUUCUUGCUUACCUCGCAAUAACGGUAUGGGCCUAAUAUGUGUAGGAUCUCUUUUGGGGGAAUGCUGCGAGUUCCGUUUCUGAAUUGCUUUUUUGUCUUAAUUGCUCUGACUCACGAGUGAAUCUUUUUCCCCGUAACGACUGAGCAUUAUGAAGCAGAGUAUUUUUCUGUUACUGCUCCACACAGGCAGCGCUGCAGUGGGUUCAGCACUGUGGGCGUGGAGCUUUUCUUUAAAGUGGUUUGAGGGUCGCCGUUUUUUGCAGUAGGCGUUUUGGGUAUGAGAGUCUGAGGUGCUGAAUUACGCUUUGGUGUCUGUGUGUGUUUUCUGUGGACGUGUCUUUAUUUUGAGUGACUGAGUGUCUUAUCCGUGUGUAAACGUUUUUGAGGUGUGUUUUUUUUUUUUUUUUGCUGCAACGCAGCCAUUCCCAGUCUGAACUUACUAUACCUGUAUCUAUGCAACUAGCAAGACAAUCUUUAUAUAGAAUUUACUAGCAAAACGUAUAUACUUUCAGCAAGUGUUACUGAGUGUUCUUUGCAAUAACAUGAGUUUUUCUUAUUAUUUAAAAGACUAUUUAAAUGAUUUUUAUUGGCUGUCAUGAAUAAAAUCCUGUCUCUCUUGUUGCUUGUCUGUACAUAUGUCCAUUUUCAUGAUUGAGAGGAAAUACAUGUACACUAAUGUGGGAUAUAUUGCUUAAUUAAAAUGAAGAUGAACUUUA